UCUCUUGCGAUCUCGUAGUAUCCUACAGUACACAUUCUGUCUCUCUCCUUGGAUCAGGGAAACCUAUUUGGGUCUCUGCUCUACAAUAUCGUAUCUCUGCAGUAGCCCGUCUUGAUGAUAUGAGAGCUAAUAUAGGCGAAUCCCUGCACCAUAGGCGUCACAUCUUCUUGCCAAAGCUGGAUCUCUAUGCAUUUUUGUGAUCGUUGAACUAAACCCAAGAAACCGGUGGCUGCGUGGAAUAACAACGAACAUGACUGCGAUGGGGAAAUUUAAGCAUGCCCUGCUUAUUUUUGCAUGUCUGAUUACCGCAGCUAACGGUCAAACUUGUGGUGGUGUUGUACAAGGACUAAAUGGAACGAUAGAGAGUCCUGGCUUUCCCCAUGGCUACCCAAACUAUGCGAACUGUACCUGGAUCAUCAUUACAGGAGAACGAAACAGGAUACAGUUGUCAUUUCACACAUUUGCUCUUGAAGAGGACUUUGACAUAGUCGCCAUUUAUGAUGGACAACCGCAGCCAGGAAACCUGAAAAUGAGGUUAUCUGGCUUCAUGUUGCCGUCGCCUAUUGUGAGCACAGGGUCAAUAAUGGCCCUUUGGUUCACGACAGAUUUUGCUGUGAGUGCACAAGGAUUUAAAGCAAUUUAUGAAGUGCUACCAAGCCACACGUGUGGAAAUCCAGGGUUGAUACCAAAAGGAGUAAUUCAUGGAACAAGGUACAACAUGGGAGACAAGAUCCGUUAUAGUUGUCUCAUGGGAUAUAUACUGGAGGGACAUGCUGUACUCACUUGUAUUGUGAGUCCAGGUACUGGAGCAUCAUGGGACUUUCCAGCACCAUUUUGUCGAGCCGAAGGAGCUUGCGGUGGGACAUUGAGGGGAACAACAGGGACGAUAUCAAGUCCACAUUUCCCUUCAGAGUAUGAGAAUAAUGCAGACUGCACAUGGAGUAUUCUGGCUGAACCAGGGGACACCAUCGCCCUGGUCUUUAGUGAUUUCCAGCUGGAAGACAGAUACGACUUUCUGGAGAUAAGUGGGACUGAGGCGCCAUCAAUAUGGUAA